ACACAGGGCCCCAACUCUCUCACACAACAAUUACCAGGCGCCGCAACACACUCCAAAUCCAAACCCUACCUAAUCCAAACCUCAUCAACGCCGAGGAUAUUGACGAGAUAUUUUGCUCAAGGAUAUGACCUGCUAGGCCAUAUCCUUUCCCCCUCGUUGCAUUCUCUCCUAUUGAUCCGACUGUCGUUUUCAGAGCUCCGCCUUGCUAAAAGGCGAAUCAAUUGGCGACAUCAUGUCGGUCGCCUCGAAAAACCGCUUCGACGCCCUCGGUAAUGAUAUCGAAGGAGAUGAAGCGCCGUCCGGCCCUGUGAAGACGGUCGACAAGACCACCAUGCGCAGUACCAAGCGCAACGUCGAGCCCCAAGCCCCCGCUAAACCCGCUACCAACACCGGAGCUCGUCGUGCUGGUCCUGGAGGCAACGAGGGAGCCUUCCGUGACCGCAGUGCCGGUACAGCUAACAACCACCGCAAGCCCACUGAUGAGGCUCCCCGAAGCAGCUCCCGAGGUGGUCGCGAAGCUCGUGUACGAGGAGGCCGUGGUGGUCGAUUCACUCGCGACCGUGAUGACAGACAUCCUAAGGGAAUUCCAAGCGGCGGUUCUGAGAAGCAAGCCGCCCAAUCAUGGGGUGCUACCGAAGGCGAAGCCGAGCAAAAGGAUGAACAGGCUGGAGACGAGAUUGCUCAGUCCGAAUUGAAGGAAGCAACCGCUGAGGAUGCUCAGGAGCCGGCUACCCCUGCCGAGCCCGAAGAUAAGCACGUCUCCUACGCCGAGUACCUUGCUCAGCAAGCUGAGAAGAAGCUCGCCCUCGGCGAGUCCUUGGAAAUCCGCAAGCCCAAUGAAGGCAGCAAGGCCGACAAGAAGUGGGCCAAUGCUAAAGCCCUCGUCAAGGACGACGAUGAUGACUACGUUCCCGGUGCUAGUGGCAAGGUCAAGCGCGAGCGUGAGCGCAAGUCCAAGCAGCUCCUCGACAUCGACCAGCGAUAUGUUGAGCCCGAGCGUCCCCGAGGCGGACGUGGCGGACGCGGAGGUAACCGCGGAGGUGCUCCCAGGGGUGAAGGUCGCGGUCGCGGCGGCCGUGGCCGAGGUGGUGAAUCUCGAGGCGACUUCCGUGGUGGACGCGGUGGCCCUCAGAAUACCUCUUCGUUCGCCCUCAACUCGGAGGCAUUCCCCAGCCUGGGCGCUUAAGUUUGCAACAAACUCCCUGAAACCGGCACUAACUAGAAGGUACACUAUGUCUAUUAUGCAGGUUAGGUUUUCGAUGGUCUGUCAGGGGAUCCAGUAUUAGCCCAUAGGGCUCAUAAAGCCGGUGUACUUCUGGCUAGGAACAUCCUGAGAAGCCCAUGUUUUCUCAUUAUUCCGAAUUAACAAAAGUUUCUUUCAUUUUCAAGCAUAUACGUGCAAAAAUGACCAACGUUGAUGUGCUUACUUGAGGUAUACCGCUUU